UAUUACCUGUCUUAGGAUAAGUCAAAGCUCUGAAACAUCACUUGGUUUCAUGCACCGCGUGUGUGAUCUGGACGUUUUAUUCUCUUCUGAUCCCAGUGAUUCCACUUUCUACCAGCUGGAGCCUCUUGGAUUGCGUUCAUGAACAAAUCAGAGAGGCUUCCGCGUUCUUAGGGAAGUUAAUUUUUGUCUGUGGCGGAAGGCAUAUUGUUUUUUGUUUUUUUUUACACAUAUAUAUAUGUAUACAGCGCUGUCCGGACUUUAGUGCCACUGACUCAAACAUACCUUCGUUUUAUAAAACGGAUUAUAUUUUAUCGUCCCUGGAGCGUCAUGCUUUAAGUUUUUUCCUCCGCAUUUAACACAUCUAGGCCUACAGGUUGCGUCGAUUAUUGUGCGUGGGUUUAAAUAAUCUGAAAAUAAAAUGUGUGGUGAGAGAAGAAACACUGUCAGAACAAUACUUCAACUGACCUGCCAUCUUCUUUGGGUGGUGGGGUUGGCGGUGGGCCUGAGUGGGGUCUACUUGCUGAUGAAGUACAGACAGAACAGCUUGUUUUUCUCUCAGCCAUACAUCACCCUGCCAGGUAUCCUUGCACUCUGCAGCGCCGCGUUGUUGAUCUUCACCGGGCGCUUUGGCUUGUGCAUUAAUUUCAGGAAUUCCCCCUGUCUGCAAGGACUGUUCAUUUAUUUACUAGUUAUGGUCUUUUGUUUGGAAAGCACGACUUCAGUGUUGGCUUAUUACCACUCAAUAAAGAUUGAUUCAGAUACAGCUCCCCUAAGAGAGGUCUUUCAGAAAUACACUGGCAACAGUCAAGACCUCAACUCUCGAGCCUUUGAUGCAACACAAGACGAGUUCCAAUGUUGUGGUGUCAGUAACUACACAGACUGGAUGAAAACAUCCUGGUUUAAUCAAACGGGAGGAACCUUGGUUCCUCAUACCUGCUGCAACACUUCUUUCCCUUCAUGUAAUGGCACUGUGAACCAGCCAUGGCAGCUUUAUCCACAGGGUUGCCAGGUGAAGCUGGAAAUGGCCUUUCAGUUCGUUCUGAGUUUCAUCAUCUGGGGCUUCGUUGUGGUUUUUCUGAUUGAGGUUCUUUUGCUGCUGACAGUGGCACAGCUGAUGAAACAGCAACAGUUUGUGGGCUUUCAUGUACUGGGCAAAACCUAAAAACACUGACAUAUGGGGAGCACUACACUGUUAACAAAUACUAUUACCCUAUUUAGCAUGUUAUAUUAUAGCAAACAUGUCUCACCAUUUAAAUAAAGGUUUACUCCACUGCAAAACACACAACAUACAAAUGAUUGCAUGCAUUUUUUUUCUUUUUUUUUUUAUUAAACAGCAGAAAUAGUUUAUGUGUUUUAAAACUCAUAAUUGUGUUGUGACUACUGCUGAUGGGUGGUGAAAGGAAGAAGAGGUUAAGAGCUGUAUCAGAUCUGGGGAAAAUGAGUUGAUGUCAGAGUGGGUUUAAGGCACGGGCAUUCAUUGUCACAGAGUUGGAAAGCUUCCUGUAUAUGUCUGUUAAACAAAUCAGGUUUGCUUUUAAUUGUUGAAGUUGUAUUGUUUAUUCUCUGUUCUUCUUUCUCUCUUUCUUUGUUACUUUUUUAUAAAUACGUAUUACUGAAUUUGUCUAAAACUUCUAUUCUGAAAGAACAAAUAAUAAAACUGAACCAAAAUCUA